ACAUUCAUAACAUUGGUGGUAUGGGAUAUGGAGCGUUUGUCGUGUCAGAACUUCGAAGUUGUUAACAUCCCCGAAGGAUUGACCUCAAAUUCAUCUUCAAGACAUGACAAUCCAAUUUGGACUGCAGUAAAACAACGAGCUGCUCUCUGCCCCCAUGAGGUGUACAAUGAGAAAUGCUGGUUUGAGCAACAAGAGGCUUUUCCAGAGAAUGUUGUUCAACCACAGCUUGAUCAAUCCCUCUUACUUCAAUAUCAAGAGAUGAUAUGGCACAAUCAUCCUCAUGAAACUGUUCCCCAGUUUGGCAUGACUGUUGCUGAAAUGAGCCACCUUUGUAACAGUGCUGAGCUGCUGUCACCACAUAUGAUUUGGAUGAUGGAACAACUCAACCGUAGCCAGAGGGAUGCAGUCUGUCUCUACCUCCAAGGUUCCCCAGCUGCCUCACUCAUACCCCAUCUCCAGCGGAGAGGGUUGCCACUUCAAUCAAUCAAGCGGCUUGUAGUUAUUGCCAGUGUGGUCAAAGACUCCAAUAAUGCUGUCUGUCUUUCUGAUGAGUCUGGUAGCCAUUGGGUGUUGGUAGUAGUUGACCUCACUGCAAAGGAAAUCUUCUACUGUGAUUCGCUGGCUUGGGAUAUCCCUCCAAAUCUUCUUCAGAGGUUGCAGGAGUAUUGCAAUUAUUUUAACUGUGAGCUGACAGCAGCCUCGGUGGUUUUAUGCCAUGAAGUAGCACUCUUAGGAAAUAAUCAACAUGUUUGUUCUGAUGACUGUAUAAGCUAUUGUCUUCAGCCUCAAAACAGUAAUGCAUCAGGUAUCAUCACUCUGAUCAAUGCUGCUGUGAGUGCUUGCAAUUGGGAGAUGUUCUUCCUCUUGAUCAGCGGAGCACAAACUGCAUGUUAUUUAAACCAACCAAUAGACUAUGAAGUGUAUCUGAGGAAAGUGCUUAUCUGCUGGUUCAUGUCUGGCACCGUAGAUAUGCAGAACAUACAGUUGAAGACAAAAACAGGAUCUGGUUAUCAGUCUCCAUCAGAUAGGAUUUCACAGCAGCCCAGCACAGACUCCGGGAUCAGCAGGGGUAAGGAUGAGGCUGGAGGACACGCUGAUGAAGAAUCACCCCAUCAUAGUACUAAUGGAAUAGAUGUAGAGAAAUGUAUGGCAAGUUCAAAAACUCCUGCAAAGGCAAAGACCCAGAAGGUUAAGCUGGAGUGCAAUAUUUGCAACAAGAUGUUAGGUUCAAGAGCAGCUCUUUUCAAACACAAGAGAUGUAAGCAUCCGGGGCAUGAGUACAGACAAGCCCCUGAGAAGAGUCACCUACACUGCAUAGACUGUGGUCUCAGGUGUUUUUAUGCAACUAAACUCAUUGAACAUUAUCAGAGCCAGCACGGAAGGCAAUUUUCCAUUGAGAAAAAAAAGUUUGCCACUGAAGCAGAAUUUCAGUCUUGGAAGAAAUGGGUUGAGAAGAAGUCCAUGGCCUUGUUUGUUCAGCAGAGUGGGAAACGCUUUACACCCACAACAUUGGUCAGAAACUUCCGCUGUAAUAGGUCAGGAUUUUACAUCUCCAAAGGCCGGGGUGUGCGGAGUUUGAAGUCUCAAGGCUCUGCAAGAAUAAAUGCCACCUGCCCGGCAUUUAUCAAAUCCACUAUGGACCGUACCUUGCAAAGUGUGGAAGCAGAAUUCUGUUUGGAUCACACCCACGAAUGUGAGGUUAAACACUUGCAUUUGUCGUCGGAUACCCGGAAGAUGAUUGCUGAGAAACUUGUGCGUGGAGUCAGCAUUGAUGCCAUUAUUGAAGAGAUUCGCCUGAGCUGCACCUCCACAGACAGGGAGCAUCACAUUACAAGAAGAGAUGUUAUGAAUGUCAAAUUGACUCUAAAUGUUGAAGUUGACUCAAAACUAGAGUCUGCAUAUUUCACAAAAAUCAAUUUGGCUAGAAAGGAAGCAUUGAAAUCAGUUGAGGAAGUUACAAGUCUGAUUAAAACAUCGUCAUCAAUGGACAUCCUGAGAAACAUCCUAAGACACUUGCAUUAUGCAGCAGGAGCUAGCAGGGGUGUGGAGGCCAUGAAUAACGAUCAUGAUUAUCAAGGCUGUUCCUGGAAUCAGAGCUGUUAAAAAGCUUCAAAGGGUACUUUAUCAGAGCCAUUCUACUAGUGUGCUUUUG